AAUCACUCGUGAUCUGAUAAGCUAUAACUUUAAUGAAGACACUCUUGUCCUUGCCGAAAUCUGCAGCACAACCCUGAGAGCCUUUCAACAUGAAGUUCGCUGUCGUCACUCUAGCCACCAUUUUGGUGGCCACCCUGUCCACUACUGGCGAAUGUAAAGUCCGCUACAACGAGAUAGAGGCACAGCGCAUGCUGUUUGACCUGCUCAUGAGCAAACCGGACAAAUCGACGGUAGGUAGAUAGUAAAUGAAUAAUUUUUUUUAACAAUAUUUUUGGGGUAUAUAUAUAAGGUUUCGUUACGCUGUUCUCUCAAUGUGUUAAAAUUAAAAAAGUAUUUCACCCAAGACUAAAACUAUUACCUGAGUUCUACCUGAGUUCCACCUGAGUUCUACCUGAGUUCUACCUGAGUUCUACCUGAGUUCUAUCUGAGUUCCACCUGAGUUCCACCUGAGUUCCACCUGAGUUCUACCUGAGUUCUACCUGAGUUCUACCUGAGUUCUACCUGAGUUCUACCCGAGUUCUACCCGAGUUCUACCCGAGUUCUACCCGAGUUCUACCCGAGUUCUACCCGAGUUCUACCUGAGUUCUACCUGAGUUCUACCUGAGUUCUACCUGAGUUCUACCUGAGUUCUACCUGAGUUCUACCGUCACGCAUGGCGCUCACUGCUCACUGCGUGGCAUCCUUUUUUCCCUAAGUACCAUUAAUAUAAAACAUGAGAGGGGGAGGGCCGGUUGUGAAAAGGUUGCAGGACACGCAUGAAGCAAUAUAUAUAUAUAUAUAUAUAUAUUUUUUCCUAAGUAACAUAAAUAUAAAACAUGAGAGGGGGAGGGCCGGUUGUGAAAAGGUUGCAGGACACGCAUGAAGCAAUAUAUAUAUAUAUAUAUAUAUAUAUAUAUAUAUAUAUAUAUAUGAAAUAUAGAUGGUUUAUCGGCCCAACAAUCUUGCCACUGAAAUUCCAUGGUAUAAAAAUAGCAGUCCCUUAUCUUAAUGUUGGAACUCUGCAAUGUUUUAUAUUUUAUCUACGUUGGCGUAAUGUUUGAAACCCGUCAGGCGUAGCUGGAUCUCGCGGUUUUAGUGUUGUUAACAGUAUUUCUUUGAUCUUGUUCAGUUGAGUAAAGUCCCCGGCUUGAAGACCUACAAGUACGUCAACUGCGGUAACCCCAGCACCGACCUGGCCAACCUGUUACAGCUGGUGAUCGGACCUGACCCACUGACCUUCCCGGGACCACUGAAUGUGCAGUUCUCAGUCAACAUCAAGACCCUGGUCGACGCCCCGAUUAAGGUAGUCAACAAAGUUCUAUUAUCAUGUUUCUUUGGCGCGGUGACAAAAAUCUCCGAGAUACCGUCCAAGUGACUUCUCGCAUUUUCAGUUUAAAUAUAAACACUUUAUAUUAUACUAUAAGACAAUUACUAUAAUCUCUCUCUCUCUCUCUCUCUCUCUCUCUCUCUCUCUCUCUCUCUCUCUCUCUCUCUCUCUCUCGGUGUGACUAUGUUUUGUAUGUAUGUAUGCUUGUUAUUUGUUACUUGAUAACAAGUAAACCAAACAAUGGAUCGCAACCAAAUUUGACAUGGUCAUACCUCCUGACCUACACGAGGUUCCUCCUGGAAAGUUUGUUUAAAAUCCCUAUGACCCAAAAACUGUAAAAAAUUAAAUCGUACAAUGUAGAAGGUAGAGAGUAACAAAAAUGUUUCUAUGGCUUCGAGGGGCGGUCAAGUUAAGUUUUUUUUUUUUUGUGCACGCAUUUUUAAAUAAGCCUAUGUUCAGAACGGUGCGCUUUCAAACAUGAAGGUUUUCGGUGCGCUUUUGUCGUGUGCACACAUUUUAAAUAAAGUUUUAUUCUAUAUUCGCUGAACAGAGUGCUUUCAAAACAUAUUUGAAAUAAUUGUUCCAACAAAAGAUGAGCUGUUGAAUCAAAUCCUAAUUUUUAGAUAUAAGGAAAUACCUGUUGAACAAUUUUAAUAAACUACAGUUCAUUGCGUGGUAUAAGAGGGUUGGGGGUCGAACAUUAGAUGAGAAUGAUCACAUUGUGCAGCGACGUGCAUAAUGGGUGCUUUAACCUACCGAAGGGGUUUGCAGUCCUUUCUAGAAAGUUCCAAAUGAGGUUCUAAAUGGUAUUUUCCUUAAAGCAGCCAAAGCAGUAUAAGAAGGCUCAGAUUACAAUGCAAGCUUUUACGUCAAUUGUUGCAUCUAGGCCAAACUUGGUACACACACCUUUCAUAAAUAACCCCUUUAAAAAUAUCGGCGGAUUUUAAACUAAUAAUAUCCCAUUCUUUGUGGACAGGGGCAUCCCAAUUUUAUUUUGUAAAAAAAAAAACACACACACAAAAUCACGCUAAUAUCUUUGGAACUUUUCAACCGAUUUAAAUGGAACAAACUGAACAUAAACUUUGUGCAUUUUCCAAACUUAAAUACGCACUGCAAUAAACUUUUAAGCAUAAAUCCUUUUGGCGCUGGGCCCCAUAAUAGUAACAAACUAAAAGGCAAUAACUUUGGCAAAAUCUUUCCGAUGUAAUGGGAGACGUUUAUAAAAUGUAACAUGAAUAUUUAAAUAAAUGAAUUUUUUUUUAUAAAGCCCCUAUUUAUUAAGGAAUAAGUAAUAGGGCCCCAUUAGGAAUUGUAAUUUACGUUUAUUGAUAAAUUACCAUAUACUUGGCAUUGGUCAAUACCUAUUUAAAGAAGAUAUUUUUUUUACAGUUCGACUAGUCCUUGAAGCGUGUUUCUUUCUUUCUUUCUUUUUUGGGGGGGUCUUGACACAGCUUGACUAUUAACUGAAACCAGCAGCGUCCAAAUUGAAUGUUUGUAAAGAAAUAUAAACUGGACUAUUUGGGGGGAUUUUUAACAAUUGAUUAGUAGUUCAGUGAAUGUUUUUUUUUCUUCUUUUUUUUAAUUUUAAGGGGCCCUAAAUUUAUGUGUUCGCUGAUAACGUUUCAGAAGAUUUGUCCGAAUGCAAACCUGAGAGACGCCGGGUAUGUUGGCUAGUAUAACACAGAACUCAGUAUGUCUACAUAUAUCUACAUAUCCUCAUCACACCUCACCACAGGACUUCGUGUUAAUUAAGAACGUGGCCGACGUUAGAGAUUGACUUGAAACCGAACGGAUUCAACGUGAAAGUGGCCGUACUAACGCACGUCUCAGCAUCAUUAGGUCACCUGAGUAUCUGAUUAGACUGAUAAACUUAAAAAAACUGUUGUAAAUUGUUCCUGGUGGGCUAAGUUGCGGAUAUGUAACAUGUACUAUAUUUUAGUGGGCCUGGUAUGUAGUGAUACAGUGCCACAGGGAUGGAUGGUGGUCUGACAUGAUCGAAUUCAUGUGGACAUUAAGCUUUGAACUUGGUCAGUUUCACUGGGUGUAAUAAAUCAACAUAUACAUGUAAUAAAUCAACAUAUGCAUGUAAUAAAUCAACAUAUACAUGUAAUAAAUCAACAUAUACAAGUAAUAAAUCAACAUAUACAAGUAAUAAAUCAACAUAUACAUGUAAUAAAUCAGCAUAUACAUGUAAUACAUCAACAUAUACAAGUAAUAAAUCAACAUAUACAUGUAAUAAAUCAACAUAUACAUGUAAUAAAUCAACAUAUACAUGUAAUAAAUCAACAUAUACAAGUAAUAAAUCAACAUAUACAUGUAAUAAAUCAACAUAUACAAGUAAUAAAUCAACAUAUACAUGUAAUAAAUCAACAUAUACAUGUAAUAAAUCAACAUAUACAUGUAAUAAAUCAACAUAUACAAGUAAUAAAUCAACAUAUACAUGUAAUAAAUAAACAUAUACAAGUAAUAAAUCAACAUAUACAAGUAAUAAAUCAACAUAUACAUGUAAUAAAUCAACAUAUACAAGUAAUAAAUCAACAUAUACAAGUAAUAAAUCAACAUAUAAAUGUAAUAAAUCAACAUAUACAAGUAAUAAAUCAACAUAUACAUGUAAUAAAUCAACAUAUACAUGUAAUAAAUCAACAUAUACAAGUAAUAAAUCAACAUAUACAAGUAAUAAAUCAACAUAUAAAUGUAAUAAAUCAACAUAUACAAGUAAUAAAUCAACAUAUACAUGUAAUAAAUCAACAUAUACAUGUAAUAAAUCAACAUAUACAAGUAAUAAAUCAACAUAUACAUGUAAUAAAUCAACAUAUACAUGUAAUAAAUCAACAUAUACAAGUAAUAAAUCAACAUAUACAAGUAAUAAAUCAACAUAUAAANAAAGAACUUCAAGGAGUUAUUUUGUUUUUCGUUUGUUCGUGUUUGCCUGUUAUGAUACAAUCACGUUUCUUACUUUGAUAAGAUAAUAUAACAGUUUAUAAAAGAUUCAGAUCCUAUUGUUUAUUAACGUUUCACUCAUAAAGUAGGACUAUUCUAAUUGUAUAAGCAGUCAAAUAUAAAAAAGAUCAUACAUGAAUUAGGAUGUUGGAUCAAUAGCGUGACAUUAUGAUCAUAACAAUAAAAAAUGGGAGCCAAUCACGUUUCAUCUGUGAGAAGGUAAAGAAACCAGUCUAGUCACUAUUUUCAUUAAACAUGGCUAGUAAAUCUAACGGAAAUCUUUGGUGAGGUGAAUUCGAAACCCCAUUCUCCCCUGCAGAUCGGUGAUGGGGCUAAAACCGACUGUGGGCCCUGAUGUUACUGGGAACACUAGGCAAUGUGCCACUGGUCACCUCCAUAAAAACUUAGUAAGUAUGUAUCUUAACUGCAAUGGUGUCAGAGGGAACCUCCCCGAGCUCACCAAACUACUCCAUAGCCGGGAAGUGACUUAGCUCCCUAGCCAAAUGACGCCCUGUGUAUAACAUAAAUAAAAAAGCUCUUGAUCCAGUUUUGAAACACUUCAACUCUUCUUACCACAAUGGGAUCUAUCAGACAUUGAACUCUUCUUACCACUAUGGGAUCUAUCAGACAUUGCAUUGACAAGAGAUACGUGAGUAAUAAUCACGAAAUAAUUUAGAUGGAUAGAAAAUUAAUCAAUAUAUUUGGUACGUUGACUCCUUUCGGUAAAAAUCAAAUCAUAAUUUUAAAAAAUUUAUCUUACUACUCUAAACAAAAGUUAAUAUUGCAUUUUUUGUUUGUUUGUUUGUUGUUUUUUUUUUUUGUUAAAAGUUUCGUAAAAAAAAUUGAACGGCAAACUUUAAGGGCAUCGAAGGGAACAAUUUUUUUUUAAAAUAUGAGCGACAUGAAUGACACAAUUUUGGAUUUAAAUUUUUAUCAUAUAAAAUAACAUAAAAUAAUGAAAAUCAUAUAACUUGAGGAAAUGUAAGAGUAUCUUACAUCAUAAUAGCUGUGCAGUAAAGUAGAAAUAGUCGAUUGCCUGUCAAAAAUAUGGGAUAAAACCAAUUUCGAAUGCCCUACUGUAAUGUAUUUUAAAAUAAUAUCCGUAAUAGUCUUGUCAGUCACAAUUUCCAAAGUCGUAUUAAAUGACUUAAGGUGUCUACCCCAAAAGUCCCCAAAAAUUGUGAAGACCUUUUUGUGCAAAUUGUUUCACACGUCCACACAUAUUUCUUGUGCACUGAUAUUGACGCCAUGCUCGUCUCCAGGGUCAGCUGCUUUUAGCCAAGAAGGUCGGUGACUCGUGGCUCAAGAUCCCUUGUGUUGGUAUCAUCGGGUCGUGCACCUAUGACGACGUAUGUGCGCUACUGGCCUUGAUCUCCGAAUGUCCACCCCAGUUCGUCACCGCAGGCGUGCCAUGUCAAUGUCCAUUCCAAAAGGUAGGUUGCUCAUUUAUACAGGACGUUCCUACGAUGUCCAAAAAAACAAAAAAACAACGGAUUCGAGCCCCCUGUCCCCACACCACUGCUUCUCCUUGUUAUGUUGAACGCGUUGAAACCGGAUACUGUUGUUUUCGUAAUUACGACCGUGUUAUUUAUUAUUGCUUUAGACCAGGCAUGCACAACAUACGCCCGCCAGCCCCCACUUUGUGGCCCGCGAGUUAACGAAAACUCUUUAUUCUUAUUGUUUUCUUAAUAGCUUUGCCCCUGUCCUAUUUUCUUUUGGCCCGCACAAGUAUUUCACAAUGUAUUACGGCCCGCCUUACAUUUUAAGUUGUGCAUGCCUGUUUUAGACCAGUGGUUUCCAUAAUCGUACAAAACAGCCCAUAGUUAAUAGGGUUUGUCCUUUAGUGGCAGAAAUCUAUUAAUAGAACAUGCCAGCGUACAGUCUGGCCAAUGGCAUUAAGAUAUUAAUAAAAACAUCCUGGCAUUCCGUUUGGCCAAGCUCUCAACAGCUGUUCAGCACUUCUACGUUACUGUCGGCCAGCAGAGUGGGUCUUAAACUAGACGAAAAGGUGUUUACAACUUGAUUUUACGAAAGACUUUACAAACAAAUUGUUUCUGUAGUUAUAUAUGAGGAAAUACAUUGUUCGAAGCUAUGUUUUACGAAAGUAUUUUCUAAAAAUAUAAGCAUUACUGAAUGCGAUGUGACAUUUUCCGGUCUUGGAAAGGGCUAACUACUCAACAACUUGUAGUUUGUAUAUUCAUCAUUUCAUGCCAACUUUAGAUUAGCGUUAUAGCUAGUGUAGUACUUCUAUACAGUCAAGAUUAUUUGGUUGAUACAUUAAAUCUUCAAAGACCUAUAAAAAAAAAUAAUAAUUCGAUUCCUAUUCAAUAGUAUUGUAAACAUUGUGAUGCCAAUGUUGUUUUCUUCCCGCAGGGCUCAUAUACUCUUCCCACGGCUGAGUUUGACGUGGAAAUACCACUGUUUCCUGCCGGAGAUUACCACGCCGUCGCCAAUCUCACCCGCAACGCAGAUUCUAUUUCAUGUGUUGAAAUCUUCGCAACUUUUGCUUGAGCGAUAGAACCACAAAUGUUGUGCAUAUAAGUACUAUAGCCACAACUUUUGUGUCUAUACAAGUGUCUAUAACCAAAACUUUUUUUGAGAAAUUGGAAGUCUACUUUCCACCAUUUUGUCGUGUUAACAUAAGUUUGAUCAAUAAAUUGUAUAUAUUUUAUUAUUUUAAA